GGUUGGUGGACGGUCGCUUACCCGGGCCUUGCAACCGUGCCGGAAUACUCAGCGGUGUUGGAAGAAGCACUCAUGUUAGGCAAUGCUAUGCCUGUUAUCCCUGGAGGAAAGCAAGGUCGAAGACAUUGUUUGAAGGACCUGGAGAACACGGCGCUGGUGGGCGCCGGAAUAUAACAGACGUGUGCUUGUCCCCCUGGCCACUUAUAGCAACCAAACUCCAAAAUACAAUUUCCUAAUUGCGGAUAUGGAAUUUUGCCCGGCAUGUAUGCGGCAAGAGCCCCGCCAACCCUCCGCCCCGAGUCUUGUGAAGUCUAGACCUAUGACCGCACCGGUGGUAGUGGCAGUGCUGCUCUUGAGGCCGACAUCACUAGCCAGGGCGACGCGAAGUAUCGCGAGAUCUGACGGCGUGCACCUGGUGCUCACUCUCACACCGAGGCACGGCCGCCAAUUUCCACGCGACAAAUUGCGGCACUGGCGACGAAAGACCGGGAAACUUGCUAGACCCCGUGCUUCAUUGAGGCUCUCCAGCAAGUGCCCGGUGCUGGUUGGCCAGGGCCACUGCUUCCUCCCCACCAGGAGCUCUUCCUGGGGUGGUGACACUGAUGACCGGCGGAAUGACCGAUCGCCAAUCAUGGUCCUUAGCCGAAUGACGGACUGCUACCCAGCGGCACGUCCCCCGCGCCCGCUCCCUCAUGUUCGGGACGAGCUCCCCGGCAGCAUAGUUUCGGCAAUGAACUGCCACGUCACCUGCGCAUCGCUCGCGCGGUUCGUAAUGGCCAGUGCAAGCCAUCAGAGACCCUCUAGAUAUCGGGCGGCGCUGGCCCGUAAUGAACGCGGUCGUGGUUGUCUGCGUUCCCGACGCCUUGGAUAGGUAACACAAUGCACGGUUCUGUCACUUCCGUGUAGCCACGCGAGCAGGCGCUAUUCCCAGCUCGCCCAUCGGGCUUAUUUUGGGAGGCAAACAUGCUCAUCCGCUUUGUCUCGCUUGCCUGGAUUGCCGCCGAUAAAUAGUAAUAAGAAAGAGUAAAAAAACAA